UGUGUGCGUACUAUAUGCUGAAGAAGUGACAAGAUUGCGCAUUAUUACUACACCAACAAGUAGGGCUACUGGACUUCCACCAUGUCCAUUCUGUUCGAAACUUCUCUAGGCGACCUCGUUAUCGACCUCGAGGUAGAACAGUGUCCGAAAACAUGCGAGAACUUCUUGAAACUUUGUAAGGUGUACUACUAUAAUUUGAAUGCAUUCUUCAACGUAUCCAAAGAUUUUCUGGCCCAGGCCGGUGACCCCACUGCCACGGGAACUGGUGGAGAGUCAAUAUGGUCCUAUGUUGCCUCCUCGGAGGACAAGGGUGCCAAUGCCCGAUAUUUCACCCCAGAAAUCGUGCCGAAGUUGAAGCACACCCACAAAGGCACAGUGUCGAUGGCUGUGGCACCCUCUGUGAACGGCGAGAAAGGCGGCUGCGGCAGUCAAUUCUUCAUUACCCUUGCAGACAAUAUAGACUAUCUUGAUGGGAAACACGCUGUUUUUGGUCACGUCGUAGAAGGCUUGGAAACCUUGGACAAACUGAAUGACGUUUUCACGGAUCAAGAUGGGAGACCAUUCAAGGAUGUGCGAAUCAGACACGUCGUUAUUCUCGAUGAUCCAUUUCCUGAUCCACCCGGACUAACGCAACCUCCGUCAUCACCCACCCGCCCUCCGGAUAACUCUACUAGGAUUGCUGAAGAUGAAGAUCCUCUUGCCACUCUUCCGGAGGAGGAAGAGGAGCGCAUACGUCGCGAAAAGGCCGCAGCAGCCUCUGCCCUGACGCUUGAAAUGGUUGGUGAUCUGCCUUUUGCCAACGUACGCCCCCCAGAAAACGUCCUUUUCGUGUGCAAACUCAACCCUGUCACACGAGACGAAGACUUGGAACUCAUUUUCUCGAGAUUCGGCACUAUUAUGAGCUGCCAAGUCAUCAGAGACAAGAAAACGGGUGACUCAUUGCAGUACGCUUUCAUAGAGUUUGACAAACGGGACGAGGCAGAACAGGCUUAUUUUAAAAUGCAAAAUGUUUUGGUCGAUGACCGACGCAUUUGGGUAGAUUUUUCGCAGUCUGUGGCACGGCUCAAUACUUCCUGGUCCAAUAACCCCAAAAUGGGACUGCGCAAAGAAAGAGGCGGGUUUGGUGGUCGUGAAGACUUGGAAGAAACACGACGAUACCGGGCGGCUGGGAGAAGUGAUGGCAGGGAUGGUUAUGGAAUGGUGUUCGAAGUCCCAGAUGACCGAGGAACAUCUCGUCAUCGGAGCAGACAAGAUCGAGAUAUGGAAGACACUCGGGAUAGGCGCCGACGGUCUGUCUCUCCUGUCCCACGCAACAGAUCUAGAGACCGGCGUCGCAGCAGAGAUAGACAUUCAGGGGACCGUCGGACCCGCCGCUAAUAGCAGAUCUGACACGGAUUACGGUGCUUGUAUGUGUCUGGUCAUUGUGCCUUUGUAUGCCAAAAAUGAUUUGCCCCUAUUGUUAAGGCAGCCCGCCAGUUUGAAACCAG